CACACACAGAGGACUGAAAGUAUUUUAAGACCCUCCCUCUCCUCCCCCCAAAAUUGUUUUGCUGCCCACUGCCAGGCCAUCCCAGUGUAGCUGGAAGCGAUUGGGCUAAGGGGAUCAGGUACAUGGUGGAGGAUUUAACAUUUCUGCCUUUUACAGAUGGGUACUGAUGGGAGGAAAUGAUGAGGUGAGGUGACACAGCUGUCCUGAGGUGAAGCCUGGAAGAAUCAGCCACCAGUGUGAGGUCAAAUGGCUUUUCCCCUUGACCCUACCAUGACAGCAUGGGCUGCAGAGCCAUGUGGGCCCCCCCAGGCCAUGGCUUUUAAGCAGCUCCCAUGUGUAGCUUCACAACCCUGGGACUAUGAAGGUCAAAGUGAUUUCAGUCUUGGAAGAUAACUACAUGUACUUGGUUAUUGAAGAAAACACUAAGGAAGCAGUUGUAGUGGACGCGGCUGUUCCCAAGAGGUUACUAGAAAUUGUCAGAAAAGAAGGCGUUACUCUUAAAGCAGUUCUGACCACCCAUCACCAUUGGGACCACGCUCGAGGAAACGAAGAACUGGCUAAGGUGUAUCCGGAGCUGCGGGUGUAUGGGGCGGAUGAGCGGAUUGGAGCCUUGACGCACAAGGUGACGCACAACGAGGAGUUAAAGUUCGGAGAUAUUAACGUGAAGUGCCUGUUCACGCCGUGCCAUACAUCAGGCCAUAUGUGUUAUUUCAUGUGGGAAGAGAACUCCCCAGAUGCUCCAGCCCUCUUUUCAGGUAGUGACACCUUGUUCAUUGGUGGCUGUGGGAAGUUCUUUGAAGGGACGGCUGAGCAGAUGUACAAGAACUUGACUGAAAUCCUGGGUGCUUUGCCGAAGCACACUAAAGUGUUCUGUGGGCAUGAGUACACUGUGAGGAAUCUCAAGUUUGCUUUGAAAGUGGAACCGGAGAACGAGAGUGUGAAAAAGAAACUCGCUUGGGCAAAACUCCGAGACGAUGAAGACUUGCCCACGGUGCCCUCCACCCUGCAGGAGGAGUUCCACUACAAUCCCUUUCUGCGGGUCUCGGAAGAAUCAGUGCAGAAAUUCACUGGCAAGGCGGCUCCGGUGGACGUGCUGCGAGCUCUCCGCACAGAGAAGGAUAACUUCAAGAAGCCCCAAGAGAGGCUGACCCCUCAGGCCAUGCUGGCGUUUGAGUGGGGACUCUUUGGCCCCUUCAUGGGGAAGAAGUGAAGUGCAGCCGGGUUUGUUGUUUCGUUGAUUUUGUGCCAAUAUAUAAACGCCACCAAGGCCACAGUGAGGGCAAGGCCUUUUACCAAACUGCAGUAUCCUGAUCGUCGUCAUGGGGGAGGCCUGUUAGGCCAGUCUGUCUCCCAGCUGGGCAAGGAUUGUUCCCUGCAGCACAUUGUGUAGGGGUGCGUCCUGUCUGGCUUUAAAUUACUCGGCCGCUGAAGCUUCCCUUACUGCAUGGGCCUCGCUGCUGGGAAGUGGGGCUUGUUGUUCAGCCUAGUUUUUUUCUUUACUCCUUUUGAUCCCCUCACUUCUAGCUGUACGUGUUAACCAUCCUAAGCAAUUCCUCUCUCUUACACCCCUCUGAGAGUAGUCUGAUUCUCUGAGCCCUGCCUCUUGAAAGGGGCGAUGUAAGAACCGGGUUCGCUUUUGUACCUGGAAGUAAACUGUGGACUUCUGGAAAACAGGGAAAGCUGAAAAGAUAAACGAAAAGGUUCUACGUGGAAUGCUUCUGCCCAGAGCUAUUUCUGUUUUUAAAUGGCUGUUGUGUUGCUCCUCAAAACAAGAUAUUUUGGGAACAUCUAAAAUUUUUAAUUCUGGUAGUUACUGGGGGAGGGGCUGCUCUCUGAAUGGAACAAAACUAUUCUGUGUACCAAUGUAGCAUUAGAAAAAUUUAUUUUGCACUAAGCCAUGGCUGUCCUCGUCAACAGUGACUCUCUCAAACUAUAACUAAGAACUUAAAAGUGCUGAUUUCUGUGCCAACCUCCCCUUAACUGAAGACCAUUCUCUCCAGAAAAUGAAAACGGGCAGCGAAUGGGCCCUCUGUAGUGUGAUCUGGCAGCUGCAUUGUAUAGAGUAGGUAAAGCAGUGUAUCUUUUCAAGGAGCCGAUACUGGCCCCCUGCCACCUUGGAAAGGUUUAAUGUAAUAGAAUUAUAGUGUGGAAGGUAAAAACGUAUCACUCUUAAUCACAGCAAGCUGAACCUAGCAGCAGGGUACUUGGAAUGAGUGGGUUGGAGGGGAAUUGUCUUUUUGCUUAAUAUUUAGGAAUAUCUGUCAAAAGCAGUAUUUUUUUAAAAACCUAGGUUUUUAAUAAUCCCAAAUCAAAAUGUUAUAGGAUUUGCAAAACACUUACUAGGAACACAUCAUGGGCUUCUGAACACAUUAACCCCCCAAAAUGCUUUAAAUUGGAAUCCAGGUUUUGUGGUCCUUCAAAGAAAGACUUCACUGGAAGUUGCUUGUGCGUAAGGCCUGAUGGAUCACCUCCCCAUGUCUCCUAGUCUGAAAAUAUGUUUAUACAUGCUCCCUGUACCAGCAGAGGCAUAUUAAGGAACCACAGUUAAAGCCUGUGCAGAUUUAUGCACAUUUUAAUUCUAUGCAAUUGACUAGGGGAUUACUCACAUCCAUGAAAUUAAGCACAUCCAUGUCUGCAGUAUCUGGGCCUUGGGUCAGUAAGCAGCAUCUGUUGUGCUGCUUUUCUCCUACUAUAGAACAUCGAGUCAUCCCCUCCCACAUGCCUGUUUAACACAGUGCAAAGGGGAAGAAAUUUGGAAGAACUUGUAUUUGCAUCACCAUUUUUUUUUUAAAGUAAAAAAUCAACCUCAGCUUUUUAAAAAAAUUGUCAGCCUUCCAAUUUUAGUUUGUUAAAAAUAAUACUGCAGUUUUUUUAAAAUCUGAAAACUGCUUAUAGUUCUUAAGUUUGCAAGGCACCAGAGUGGUUUAUUACAAUAUUUAGAAUUGUCUCCUUUGACAGAAAAUCUAGAGUAGCUCUGUAAACAGCUGUGAAAAUCCAGACCUUGAUUAGCUGGAGCAGUUCUAGGGAGUAAGUUGCUUUGUUUUGUGAUUCCAUAGCGUUUACUAUUAACUAGCAGGCCUCAUUCUCCAGUAUGUUGACUUACUGUUCACACCAAAGUGCAGCAGUAGGUGUACAUGCUACUCCAUUAAAAUGGCAGUGAUUUUACACCUACUUUACACAGGUGAAUGAGAACACAAAGGAAGGCAGAUUGGGCCCACUAAAACAUCUACUGUAAAACUUUUCACAUGGCUCUGUUUAAACUUGAUAGUUCUUAGCACUGGAUUAUAGUUGACCUGAUUUUUCUUUUAUGUACUGUGAGCUAGGAGUGUGGGGUUUUUUAAAAAUAAACCCAUAUAAUUGUCUCCAUGCUAGGUUUGCACAGGACAACUCAUGUGUAGCCCUGCCCAAUGUGUCACACAUUGUUGCUAACAACCACUGAAUGUACAACUCUGAUUGUUUUACUGCUGUGUAGAAUUAGCUCUUGUAAAUGGGUAGCAAAACAAAAUGCAGAUUACUAAGGGGUUAAUUUUACACUGUGCUAGCUAAUUAACACUUUAUUUGUAUAUGCCUAAUGAGGAUUGCACAUUUCAAAUAGAAAUUGAGUGUUUUGCACUUUAGUAGAGUUUGAGUUAUAGCACUUGUGUACUAAAUUUGGAAUUGCAUCAUUUAACUCUAGAAUUCGUGUCUUGCUGUAAUUAAAAUCUACUGGUUUAAUGGAAUUAAUAGAAUACUAUCUGUAAAACUACACCUGAGAAGGUAUUCACUGAAACUAGUCCCCCCCCCCCCGACUUACAAAACAGGAGAGAAAAGCAAAGUGAUAAGCACAGUUUAUUUGCUAGUAGAUUGUAAUGGCAACUUUAAAUAAAGCUUUGAUUUUUGUUUUUUUUAA